GGAGAAGCAGCGCUCCAUCCUCCUCCUCCGCGGAGAAGAGCAGAGCAGGGAGCGGAGGAGAAAGUCCCCUCGGGUGUCUCCCCCGGUUGCAGCAGACAUGAUUGCAGCCCUGGCCGGGCCCCCCCGCCGCCAGCAGCCCCCGCCAUGCGGAUCCACUGCAGGCUCGCCGUGAUCGCCGCGUGUCUGGGACUUUUCCUACUUGUGUACUUUUGGGGCGGCGGAGCCGCGGAGGAGCCGCUGCUGGAGGGAGAGGACGGGGACCCGGGGGAGGAGGAGGAGGACGGCCGGCCGCCCCGGUCCCUCCGGUCCUCCCCCAGGUCCUCCCGGGCCCCCCGGGCCCCGCCGGGGCUCCGGGACGAUGCCGUCCCAAAGUUAGCGGGUAAAGCUGCAGCUGGAGUGCGGGUGCGUGUGGGACCCGCUCCCAGAGCUCCCAGAGCCCGGGCGGAGCAGCGCGCCGCGGCCAGGGCGCGCAGCCAGGACGCGCGGAGUAAAUCCGGGGCUAAAGUGUUGCGACCUGUGACCAGGCGCUCCCGGGCCGAGGACGUCAUGCACCUGGCCGUGGUCGCCUGUGGGAAUCGUCUGGACGAGACCCUCACUAUGAUUAAAUCAGCCGUGCUUUUCAGCCUGAAGAGGAUCAAGUUUCACAUCUUUGCCGAGGGCCCCUUGGCCCCGCAGUUUGAAGAAAAGCUGAACCGGUGGCCUCGAUCCGUCUCAGCCAAGUUCAAGCACAGCAUCUACCCCAUCUCCUUCUCUGUGGGCGACGCCGAGGAGUGGAAGAAGCUCUUCAAGCCCUGCGCCGCCCAGAGACUCUUCCUCCCCGUAAUCCUGAAGGAUGUGGACUCGUUACUCUACGUGGACACUGACGUGCUGUUCUUGCGGCCCAUGGACGACAUCUGGAGUCUCCUGAAGUCCUUCAACCGGACCCAGCUGGCAGCCAUGGCCCCGGAGCACGAGGUGCCCAAGAUCGGCUGGUACAGCCGGUUCGCCCGCCACCCUUUCUACGGAGUCACAGGGGUCAACUCCGGGGUCAUGCUGAUGAACCUCACGAGGAUCCGCAGCACACUGUUCAAAAACAGUAUGAUUCCUAGUGGUCUGUCAUGGGAGGAUCUCCUGCAUCCACUGUACCAAAAGUACAAGAACCACAUCACCUGGGGAGAUCAAGACCUCCUCAACAUUAUUUUCCACUACAACCCAGAGUGUCUCUUCACCUUCCCCUGCCAGUGGAACUACAGACCAGACCACUGCAUGUACGGGAGUAACUGUAAGGCGGCGGAGGAGGAGGGAGUGUCCAUCCUCCACGGCAACCGGGGGGUGUAUCAUGACGACAAGCAGCCAGCGUUCAAAGUGAUCUACGAUGCAAUACAUGAAUUCCCCUUUGAGGACAACAUGUUCCAGUCGCUCUUCUAUCCCAUCCAGACCAAGUUCCUGGACGUCGUCAACACCCUGUGUGGUCGGAUUCCACAAGUCUUUCUCAAGCAGAUAGAAAAAACCAUGAAGAAGGAUUUUGAGGACAAAGUGGUCCGUCACGUCAAACCACGCAAAUAAGAACAAGGACUGAACCGGGCUGUGGACCACGUGUCCCGCCAGCGUCUGUCAGGUCAGACUUGUUGCUCUGUAUUUGCAGGAGUCUGGCUCUCGUGAACACUAAUGAUGAUGAUGAUGAUGUGAUUACAGAGAAGUGUACAGUGCUGGUCAGUGGUGCACAGAAUAGGCUUGCCUUUCUUUUCACAUCUCUGCUGGGUAUAGUUAUAAAAUGUGGGAGGCUGUUGCAAAGCUACAACAGGAAAAGAAAAGAUCUUUAUCAUUGUGUUUUGUCUUAUGAAAUAUGGAGGUAUUGGCUCAUCUCAACGAUGCCUUUGUAAACUGAACAUUAUGCAAAAGUAUCCUCCGUUUCUGUCCCUUCUGAAAGCAUUUGCAUGGCGUGGACCCGCUGCACGCUGAGGAGACAUAGUUCAACGUUUGGACAGCGUCACUACCUGAAACAGUAGUUGUAUGAACUACUCUGUAGUAACUGAAUGUUUUAGUUGGAGAUGUCAGUAUAUGUCAGGAGGAGAGUUUGUGGUCUGUUCUGCAGAUGCCAAACACCACUAUUAGUAUUAAAUACGAUUAUAAAAUAUGGAUUUUCAUCUUAAAUAUGGAAUGAUAAGAUGCACUUUGUGAAUGACAUUAGUACUGGGUGUUAUUGUUGUCGCUCUUUUCAUACACAUCCACAUGAAACACAACAUUGCCUGACCGAGUGAAACAAAAUGUGCAAGGAUUUCUUUUUAAAUGAAGGAAUGAGUUUUUUUUAUAUGCCAUAUUAUCAUGUGUGCCAUGUUUACCUUUAGGAGAAAUUGAAUGGUAUAGACCUUUGUGUCUGUAAGUGUUUUAAAGGUUGUUUUUUAGCCUGUAAUAUGAUAUAUUAUCUAUCAUAAACACAGAUUAUAAGUUUUAAUGUUAUUACUAAUGUGUAAUGAUCUAAUUGUAUCAUACCAUUCAACACGAAAAAUGAAAAAAUCUGUAUUAUAGAUUUGUUUCUAAAUAAAAAAAUGCCAUGUUCUG